UCCUAUUUCAAAAAGUGUGAACCAUCAGAAAAAAAUGAAUUGGAGACUAUUGAUAUUGAGUCUGUGUUUUAUUCUAAUGGACUUGGUUCAAGAUGUACAUCUGCUACCCACCUCGCAAGAAUAUCUCAACGAAAACGGCAUGAUAGCAACCAUAGACGGCUAUGUACCACGGUGUCCCGGUUGUGUCUUGUUUAAGACAGAUGAUCUCCUUAUCUACGGCACCAUGCACGUCCCAAAAGAAAGGCUUUAUCUGUUAAAUACUGGGCGAUUUUACGUCGAACGUUGUGGUUAUCCAGAGGAUGAUAAGUGUUCAGAAUAUAAACGGGAUUGGUAUCUGCAGUGCGCUUAUUUUGAUGAAUUUUCGAGAGGAUGCAACGCAACAAGAAGAAAGUACAAUCAAGACUGUUGGUGCGAUGACAGCACCCCUAAACGCUGGUAUGCACUUAUUCGCAGCCACUGGUUCAAACGGGAAGACACGGCGUUUCGGUUUGUUUUUGACCCGGCUCCUCGGAUUGAUACUCACGCGGACAGGGCUCCGUUUGAAAGGAACAACAGUUUAUUUAUACCCGAGCUUAUCGAGCGUGGCCAUAUUGUCUUAAGGCGCCCUCCGGUAUUUGGUAUUUUCAAAUCCACUAGCGGAUCUGGGUUCUUGAGUCCAGACGUUCUACUGGAAAUGAUGUUACUUACACUGGCCUUUUGCGCUGUAAGAUUACCCUGAGCUCGU